AUGGCGAUCCCUGUUGCCCGCGUGCACCUCAAGGUGGCACACGCAGCUCUCCCGGCGCUGCUCCCGACCCCGCCCAAGUGGAAGAUGCUGCCGCUGCUCCCGACGCCGUGCGUCGCUGCCAUCCUCCCAAAGCCGGCGCCCGCCAAGCCCAGCCGCGCCUACUGUGACGAGAGGUGGGACGCGCACAAGGCCAAGCCGGCCUGCCUAGCGUCCCCAGCCUCAUCAUCAUCAGGCCCUCGUUCGGCCGACAGCGUCAGGAGUAGCGCCGGCCAUGGAUCCCCGCGCAAGAGCGCGAGCUCGCCGCCGCCCAAGCCCGGCCGGGCCGACUCCGUGGAGAGGUGGGACGCGCACAAGAAGGCGGUGAGCCCAGCUUCGUCGUCGUCGUCUUCAUCAGCCACGUCUUCCCUCGCAAGCAGCAGCAAGUGGCCGAUCUGUAGUGGGUCGUCCGCCGAUCGCUGGGACGCGCACAAGAAGCGCCGCCCGCCGCAGGCCGAGCUGCUCUACGACGGCGAGAGCAGCAGUACUGUGUCCGGAGAGAUGUCGGACAAGGUUUCCUCUCCAUCUUGGAUAUCUGGUGGGUUAGGCAUAGGGAUCUGA